AUGUAUAAUCCAGAAACCGUGGAGAAAGUUCCAGCAGCGCAGGAUGGCAUUCAAUAUGAACCCUCUUCCCACGAAGGGGUUGUUGGUGUACCAACGCGAAGCCACUUCCAAUACUUGAAGCACUAUUUCACCAGUCGUGAAGGUUGGAUCGGUGACUACGAUUAUGUCUACCUCAUCACACCCAACGUCUGGCCCCUAGAUCGCAAAUAUAAGGACUAUGAGGCUCCUUUCUACGGCCUCAACGACGAGAUCCCUAUCCUUCUUACCAUUCUCCUUGGUCUCCAACACGCACUGACUAUGAUCGGGUCCAUCGUGUCCCCACCUUUGGCCAUAGCAGGCGGAGCUUUCAAUUUCGAUGCCGCCAUCACCCAAUAUUUGGUAUCGGCAGCCUUCAUCACCACCGGGAUCGCUACUGCUCUCCAAGUGACGCGGGUCCAUCUGGCCAAAACCCCUUUCUUCAUUGGGACGGGAUUGUUAAGUGUUGUGGGCCCGACGUUCGAUAUCCUGCCCAUAGUGUUCAACUACACUGCGAUGCGAUAUAAAAAUGGCACGUGUCCGACUGCAUCUGAUGGGACCCAGCUCCCGUGUCCGGAUGCUUGGGGUGCGACCUUAGGGACCAUGUUGUGCACGGUCUGGAUCCAAAUUGGUAUGUCCAUGGUGCCGCCUAAGAGCUUGAAUAAGAUAUUCCCCAAGAUCGUGACCGGCUCUCUGCUUUUGCUCGUCGGUGUCUAUUUGAUCAGCAAUGGCAUGCAGAAUUGGGGCGGAAGUUCUAAUUGUAAUGGGGGGACGGGGUUCUAUGCAUUGUGCCCCAGUAUCGAUGCUCCUAAGCCUCUUGUUUGGGGAGAUCCCAAACUCAUCGGACUCGGCUUCAGCGUCUUCGUAUCUAUCAUCUUAGUUGAGCAAUUUGGCUCGCCGCUCAUGAAAUCUGCUUCAGUCAUCCUCGGUCUCGCAGUUGGGUGUGCCAUCUCUGGCGCCACCGGUUACUGGUCAAGAGAAAAUAUCGACGCAGCUCCCGCCGUUACAUUCCUCUGGGUUCAUACUUUCAAGCUCUCUGUUGACGGUGCGCUUGUGCUGCCUUUGUUGAUCAUGUUUGUUUGCGAGGCAGUCAGCUGUAUGCCUGAUAUCCUCGCCACCGCCGAGAUCUCAAAUGUGGAUAUCGAAGGGACACAAUUCAAUAGCCGCAUUCAAGGCGGGAUUCUCUGGGAUGGUUUAGGGUCUCUUAUCAGUGCUUUUGGGACCGGUCUUCCCAUGGUCUCGCAAGCAGGGAAUAAUGGCGUUAUCUCUUUGACCGGAUGUGCGAGUCGGAGAGCUGGGUGGUGUGCAUCCGCAUUCCUGAUCCUCAUGGGCCUGUUUGGUAAAUUCGGGGCGGUGUUCGGGAGCAUGCCACCCUCCGUCUUAGGUGGCAUGCAAGUAUUCCUCUACUCAACUAUCGCCGUCGCUGGUAUUCGCGUCCUUGGAUUAAUCUCCUUCACGCGGCGAAACCGCUUUAUCUUGACGGCAGCUCUCGGGAUCGGCUUCAUUGAUAUCGUGCAGCCAAAAUGGUUCAGCCAAAUACUCGACUACAGCGGGUCGAACGUCCAUCUUCAAGGCUUCGAACAAGGAAUCAACCUUCUGGUCGAGACGCCGUUUAUUAUUGCUGCUGUUGUCGGCGUCUUCUUGAAUUUGGUGUUGCCUAAGGAUAAUAGUGCGAUGGAUAGGAUUGUGAGGGAUUCUGCAGGCCAUCCCAUGCAGGAGACGAGAGCGGAUUAA